AUGGGGUUGGUGCUGGGGCUAUGUGAACAGUUGAUGCUGGGGCUAUGUGAACAGUUGAUGCUGGGGCUAUGUGAACAGUUGAUGCUGGGGCUAUGUGAACAGUUGGUGCUGGGGCUAUGUGAACAGUUGAUGCUGGGGCUAUGUGAACAGUUGAUGCUGGGGCUAUGUGAACAGUUGGUGCUGGGGAUAUGUGAACAGUUGAUGCUGGGGCUAUGUGAACAGUUGAUGCUGGGGCUAUGUGAACAGUUGAUCCUGGGGCUAUGUGAACAGUUGAUGCUGGGGCUAUGUGAACAGUUGGUGCUGGGGCUAUGUGAACAGUUGAUGCUGGGGCUAUGUGAACAGUUGAUGCUGGGGCUAUGUGAACAGUUGGUGCUGGGGAUAUGUGAACAGUUGAUGCUGGGGCUAUGUGAACAGUUGAUCCUGGGGCUAUGUGAACAGUUGGUGCUGGGGAUAUGUGAACAGUUGAUGCUGGGGCUAUGUGAACAGUUGGUGCUGGGGAUAUGUGAACAGAUGAUCCUGGGGCUAUGUGAACAGUUGGUGCUGGGGAUAUGUGAACAGUUGAUGCUGGGGCUAUGUGAACAGUUGGUGCUGGGGAUAUGUGAACAGUUGAUGCUGGGGCUAUGUGAACAGUUGAUGCUGGGGCUAUGUGAACAGAUGAUCCUGGGGCUAUGUGAACAGUUGAUGCUGGGGAUAUGUGAACAGUUGAUGCUGGGGAUAUGUGAACAGUCUCCCGAGUGGCGCAGUGGUAGCUGUGCCACUAGAGAUCCUGGUUAGAAUCCAGGCUCUGUCGUAGCCGGCCGCGACCGGGAGACCCAUGGGGCGGCGCACAAUCGUCGUCCAGGGUAUGGGAGGGAAUGGCCGGCAGGGAUGUAGCUCAGUUGGUAGAGCAUGGCGUUUGCAACGCCAGGGUUGUGGGUUCGAUUCCCACGGGGGGCCAGUAUGAAAAAAAAAAAUUUUUUAAUAAUAAUGUAUGCACUCACUAACUGUAAGUCGCUCUGGAUAAGAGUGUCUGCUAAAUUACUAAAACAGUUGAUGCUGGGGAUAUGUGAACACAACAGUUGAUUCUGGGGAUACAGUAGCUGUAAGUGACUAGCCUCAGUGGUUUGUGUUUGCGUCAGAAUGGGAGAGUGGGUGAGUGAAUGACUAACUAACUAUUGUAACAGUUUAGAGUUGACGCUGGGGUUACUGUGAACAGUGACUAGCCCAGGAGGUUGAUUCAAGCAGCAUGGUGGUUGACAUGCGCCUUUUCGAUUAGGCCUACUAUGCACCUUGUGUCCACUAUGGAGAAUGGCUACUCCAAAGCAAAAGAUAAAAUGCAUUUGGAAAAAGAUAAGAUAAAAUGCAUUUGGAAAAAGAUAAUUUUAGAAUUCAAUGUAGAAAUGCUUGAGCUAUGUUUGCCAGUAUUAUUUGCCGUUGCCAUCUGUAGAUAAGUACCCGCCUUGCCUGCACCCAACCUCGUUCUCCAGCAGCUGGCAUUGCCCAAUAUUGGAACAGCGGAUGUUUUAUCCCUCUUUAUCUCUCUCUCUCUCCAAUUCUUUUUAAAAUUAUCUCUCUUUCUUGAUACUAGAGACUGUAAUUUUAAACACUUGUCUGGAAUGGAAACUUUGUUUCGAAAGGAAGUGUUUUAUUAUUUUCCAUUUGUUCUUUAUUGGGCUGCUGUUAGCAGAUGGUGACAUUUAGUCGCCACUAACUUAAUACAAAUGUGACUGUAUUAGUGGCGUUUUAAAGCCUUUACAAUUAUCUUAUUUCAAUUUUUUGUGUUUUUUGUUUAUCUCUGCUUAGCUUGUGUCUCUACUUAUUCAUAGUGUUUCUAUCCCCUGUAGAGAAUCUGUACCAGAUUAAAGAAUCAAGAAUAUAAAGUAGGGUGAUGUUUAGCCUAUAUUUAGGAUUCUCACGAAUUUAGGCUAACUUCAUGAAAUCCAAAUAAAUCCUAAAUAAAACCUUAGCCCAAGUGUUGGCAGAGAAAGAAUGCAGAAUGUCCCUUGGGUUAGCCUAGGUCAGGAUGACUUCUUCUUCACUUGUUGACAUGAACUCUUAACUCUCAGAGUGCAUGGUGCACAUCUGUCAGAAGAGAGUUCUAGUGUUCCAAGUUACAACUGCUACAGCUCUACCGAUGUGAAACUGUAUUGAAAAUACACAGAGACUAUUGAUUGACAUGACCAGGACAGAGACCCACAGGGAAUUGUGUGUGCGUGGUGGCACGCCUCAGUAAACCAAACGUGGACCUGAAUAGGCUAAGUGGACCAAUAUAAUGGCAGGCAGCAUCACUUGUGCACAGCAUGAUAAGUGAAAAACUAGGAAGUGAAUGAUGCUGUGCUGCCAUGAGACUCUUUUAUUCUCUCUCUCUCUCUCUCUCUCUCUCUCUCUCUCUCUCUCUCCUCUCUCCUCUCUCUCUCUCUCUCUCUCUCUCUCUCUCUCUCUCUCUCUCUCUCUCUCUCUCUCUCUCUCUCUCUCUCUCGCUCGCUCGCUCGCUCGCUCGACCCAUGCCUUAAAUUCCUCUCCAGAAUCUAAGUGAGGGGGGGGGGGGGGAGUAUGGGGGGAAUGGGGUGACAUGCCUUGGUCUUUAUUUAAAGCGAAACUCUCAAAGUGCCUCAUGCAUUAUAAUGAGUAACAACACCUCUAUUCACACAAGGCUCUUUCUGUGUAUAGUUGCUACACUCAUUUGUCCUUUCAGGAUGCUAGAAUACCUUAGUCCUCCUCUUAGACAGGCUCUCGCAGGGCAGAAGAGAAGAACACCCUAUUUCCCACAUAGUCGGCUACACACACAUAGACAUACUAACAGACAGACACACACACACACACACACACAAUCUUCUCUUUCUCCCUGUUCAUGGUGGAGUACGCUGUUUUCCACUUGGCUGCCCCUGGGGCUGUGUGAAUGCACCCCAUUAGACCUAGGCUGCGUUUUGUAAUGUCAUUUCUUGAGUCGGUGCCUCAUGCUCCCUGCUCUGUGGCUUUGGGUUGCAUAAUAAUCCUAGGAGCCACUGUGAAACUAUAGCUGGUCAAUGAGGGGCCCUGUUGUCCAUCUGUCUGCCUCUUCCAGUCACAGUUUGAUCCCCUAACAGAGAUGACACUAUUGCGUCCCAUAGGGAAGUAGUGCACUAUAUAGGGUAUAGGGUGCCAUUUGGGACAGACUAUGCUGUGCCCUUUAAACAGUGGGUCUGUGCCUUUCUCAGUUCUUAAUAAUAAAAUGCGUGAGUCACAGAUGGGUGCAUGGGAUUCAAACAGCAAGAUUAUAGGGAGAAGAGAUGAGAUUGUACUCUAUUAAUCUCCAAAGGGAAAUCAGUUUGGGAUACGAACAUCCAUAGUAGAAAACAAAAAGAUAGAAUGGAUACCUUCACAGUGCACACUGAUACUAAACUCUGCUCUGAGAGAUGAACUGACCUGCAGGUGGUUGCUGAACUAUGGUUUCUUACGUAAGAGAUAUGAUCCUUAAAUAGAUCUGACGUUUAGGCCUUAUUUUUAUUUAUGUUAAUUAUAUUUAAUAUUAACACAUACAAUCUACCUGCAGUGAAGCCGCUCAACAUUUACAUCACAUUCAGUCAUCAGUUAGGCCUAAUUUGGUUUUGGUCUAGCUACAGAAAAUCAUUAAUUUACGCCAAUUUAGCCAAUUCAGCUGAACACUACUAACAUUGUGUCGUGAACUCAACGCAUCUGAGCGCCCCUUUUAUUUAAAGCACUGACUGUGCUCGCUCUGUGACUCUGUGAAGGUGAUGUGAAUUUCAAAUAGCAUUUGGUUCCACAAGUAAACAGCAACAAGACCACAGGUGCAAAGUAACCCACAUUCAGUACAAUAGGUUUAAUCUCAGAAUGUAUGACUGCAUCCCAAAUGGAACCCUAUUCCCUAAAUAGCGCACUACUUUUAUCCAGAGUCCUAUGGGCCCUGAUCAAAAGUAGUGCACUAUGUAGGAAACAGGGUGCCAUUUGGGACACAUGUUAUGUCAUGAGUAAUAAUUAGCAGGAAGUCACACAGUCCUGUACCCAGUAGCAUGCCAGCCCAGUACUUCUCUGAAAGCGAGCUAUGUUAGUCUAUAUGUAGCCUAGACUCUCCAGUUCAGGACACAAUAGUGGUUGCAGAGUUGGAGCUGAGGGUGAGAGGCAGGGGUCAAGGAGGUGAGAGAGAGAGGAAGGGGAUACCUAGUCAGUUGUACAAUGAAUGCAUUCAACUGAAAUGUGUCUUCUGCAUUUAACCCUACCCGCCAGGCUACCGGCCGCCCCGAAAGGUGAACAAGGCAAGUCAGAGAGGCUAUGAAAAUGGUGCUUUCCUCUGCUCUCUCCAGUACAGACUACUGUUGCACAGUAUACCAGUACCACGGUAAUAUCACAGUGCCUAAACUACAUCACAAAUCAAUUUCUUUCUGGUGCGCCUUAAAUUUUGUUUGGUGCCUAACGUUUGAAAAGUUGGGAGCGGUGUGUGUUUGUAGGAGGGAGAGAGAUCGAGAGUGACUGGGGUGGGGGUGGUUAUUAUGAGAGAGAGGGAGAGAGAGAGAGUGUGUGAGGAAGGGAGGGAGGGAGUGUGUGUGUGUGUCUGUUAACUGAAGAGUAAAGAAGGUUUCAUGCAGUUUUUCCCCAUAAUGACAUGCAGAUCAUUAUGCAUGUAUAUUCCUUCCUCCCAUUCCUCCAGCCAAAUCACGGGUAGGCUUUUGCAAAUAUGAGCAAAUCAGCCAUUCUAUGCAGUAUUCUAUUAUACACUGAACAGUGUGAAGUUUAAUUCAAUGCAUUGUAUUUAGUAGAAGUGUGAAUUUCAGUGACAGGUUUUUGCGUAGCACAUGUGCAGAACGUUUAGAAAAUGGGAACAAGCGUCCGGGGGACGGGGCAAACAGGACGCUUGACCACAGAUUUUUUCCAUCGUGGUAUUGCGAUACUACUCGGUAUUGUGAUACUUGGCCUGGUAUCGUAUCGUUAGUAAAAUGUUGGUAUCGUGACAACGCUAAUACAGACAGACAGAAUGCCAGUUAUUUAACUGCUCCACUUUGCUCCAGGCUGUAGCCUGGAGAGAACAUUUACGUCAGCAAGCCCAAUUCACAAGGUUGUUAAAUUCAGGGAGGGACGCUGACAAGGAUAGAGACGGAUGGAGAGAGAGAGCAGGAGAGAGAGAGAGCGGAAACCUUGCCUUGACUGAGGCGACAGACGACCUCCAGAGCCAGGGGAUUGAAGGGAAGUUGGGCUAGUCCCAAACAUGUGUCCCAGAGGCUGCAUCUGUCACACCCUACAGAGGGACACAUCUAAUGCUGAAUGCCAAGUCAACCCCCUACUCUCUUAACCACUUCUGUAGAUCUGAGAAGAUUAAAGGGGUGGAAGCACUAUGCUGUAUAUACAACAUGUCCACCCAGCCAAUCAGAAAGCAUUAAAUAAAGAUAGACAGCUACAGUUUCACCGUAAUGGCUGUGGUCCUAGGGUUGAUUUGGAAUUCAGAUUUUAGAGAGCUUGAUGCUGAAAAUCAGUUGUAAUGUAUGUGCAACAAGAAACCAAGAGUGUCUGUGAGUGACUUUUACCCUAGUGUUGAAUGUAACUGGUACCUCACUAAAUCAAACCACAUUCAAAGCCAGGGUCAGAUGAAUGAUGUCGGUGGAUGUAGAUGUAGAAUGCUAACCUUUGCCAUGGGACUGUGUGAAUGUUGAAUAGCCAUUGUCUUAACCACAGCAAAGGCCAUUUGGCCUUGAGGGCAUUGUGUGUAUUUCAUUGAAAAAGAGCAGAAUGGAGAGCGGAUGCAGAGGGAGGACACAGGCUGAAUGUUGUUUCUUCCUGUCUGCUGCUGGAGAGGGGAGGAGGUGGGAGGAUGGUUGUGUGUUUUGCUGUAUGUUUGUGCCCUUUGUCUCUGUCUCACACACAAACAAACGCUCUCUCUCCGUUUUCCGCCCCUGCCCCCCUACCACUGCCCCUAUAGGGCCCUCAGGAGUCAGGUGAGACAUGCCGGUUAAUGAGACAUGCCGGUUAAUGAGACAUGCCGGUUAAUGAGACAUGCCGUUUUCAGCGGAGCACUGCAAUAGUAACAAUGGAGUACACUACAAACGCCUGCGUGUACUCAGCUGGAGUGGAUAGGGGAGAGGAAGGGAUGGAUGGGGGUAUGGGACAGGAAAGGGAAAAGGAGGAGAGGGGGGGGCUUACAGUGUUGAGGGGCUGAAGAACAGAUGGGUCCACAUGACGGCUGAUGUAGAAAUUAGUCCAACCAACCGUAAUUUUGAAAUAUUUUACAUUCAAUGAAAAACACACAAUUUAUAUACUGUAUUCAGGGUUGGGGUCAAUUCCAUUUCAAUUGCUUUUUAAUGUGGAAAAUUUGAAUUGAAAUAGAAAUGUCAGUUUACUUCCUGAGUUGAAAUGGAUUUUACCCCAAAUCUGACUGUAUUACAAGUAUUUUGAAGUCCAUGUUAUAGAGGUUAAUAUCUUGUCACAGGAAUGUUGUGGAGAACACAAACGAAAUCACGGAAUCCAGACAUUAAAACGGAAUUCAACAAUAUUCAAAAAUGUAUUGAACUUAGUAGGAAAUCAACUAAAUUUAAAUAAUUGUUUUAUUGGAAACCUGGAAAAAAUUGAAUUUGGGAAAAAAUUUAAAAUGCCCUAUGUUAGGCUUUAUCAAUAAUAGGCAGCUACUGUAGGCCUACAUACAUGACAUCUAAAUAAAACACAUACACAUCCACUCAUACAAUCCUUCAUAGAUUGCUUCUAUCUAACCAGUUGUUAACAUGGUAAUAGUUGUGUGAGGUAAAUGCUAUCAGAUAUGAGAGGGCAGAAGUCAUAUGUUGUCUUCCUGCUGAGUGGAUUUCAGUACAAUUUUAAUCCAGUUAUAGUGUGAUAAGAGGUCUAUAUACGAGGUAGCAACACUGUCCCACUGGACAUUCCUUCCUGUUCCUGUGGCAGUACUGUUGCAUGCUGGUAGUUCAUUUUUUUUUACAUUUUAGUCAUUUAGCAGACACUCUUAUCCAGAGCGACUUACACUUAGUGAGUGCAUACAUUAUUUUUUAUUUUUCAUACUGGCCCCCCGUGGGAAUCGAACCCACAACCCUGGCGUUGCAAACACCAUGCUCUACCAACUGAGCUACAUCCCUGCCGGCCAUUCCCUCCCCUACCCUGGCUCGUUGUUGAUAAUUAAGCUGCUGUAAUUAAGCCGUUUGGAACACUUCUCAUUAGAACCCUUCCACCCGUAGACCUCCUUGUUAAAUUACUAGUUCCCUCUUAUAAUUUCCCCACACCGCUAAUGUUUGGCGUAAUUACACUCCCUGUUUUCACACACCAUUAGCCCCUGGCUUGCGCACACACACACACCCACACACACACACACACAGAGAGAGAGACAGACAGACACACAGAGACAGACAGACAGACAGGGACCCCACUAUGGCUAGAGAACUUAACUGUCCAUAGAAUAACACUCACAGUAGGCCUAAUGGCUUCCCUGCGGAAUAUGAUCCUCAGUAGCAGCACAUCAUAUCAUUUUGAACAAACAAAACAUGUAACCGAAUCAUAGAGAUUACUUUCCGAUAACCCUUUAUCACUGCUAGCAGCGUAGAAACAGCACGUACCCUCGGAGAUAUAGCCUAUCACAUGGGUAAUCUCAUAUUGGGCUUGGCAUGUUUAAAGAAAGUGCUAUCUAUUUGAUAUACAACUGACACAUUUUCCUCAGCGCUGAUUCUAUUAGAUCCAUCCUUAUGACUCCCAUGUUCCCUGGGAGAGAAGGUUUUGUACCGUUUGAAUGACGUGUGUCUAUGAUAGAACAGUUCUGUGAACAGUUGCAGUGGCCUCACAUGUACCUUACAGCCCCUUACGGUCAUGUUUUACCCACAAUGUGAAACCCAAACCAGAACAAUGUCAACUGUAGGUUUGCCUUGCUAUAAAAAUGUAUCAUCGAGAUGUAGUCGUCCUGAGUCAAAAGGAUGGGGAUGGGGUAACAUAGGAGAGGUUAACACAUCAAAGGAGGGGUUAACACAACCACACCUCCAUCCUAGGGUUAAACCAGGUUGCCAAGGAGGGGUUAACACAACCACACCUCCAUCCUAGGGUUAAACCAGGUUGCCAAGGAGGGGUUAACACAACCACACCUCCAUCCUAGGGUUAAACCAGGUUGCCAAGGAGGGGUUAACACAACCACACCUCCAUCCUAGGGUUAAACCAGGUUGCCAAGGAGGGGUUAACACAACCACACCUCCAUCCUAGGGUUAAACCAGGUUGCCAAGGAGGGGUUAACACAACCACACCUCCAUCCUAGGGUUAAACCAGGUUGCCAAGGAGGGGUUAACACAACCACACCUCCAUCCUAGGGUUAAACCAGGUUGCCAAGGAGGGGUUAAUACAAAAACACCUCCAUCCUAGGGUUAAACCAGGUUGCCAAGGAGGGGUUAACACAACCACACCUCCAUCCUAGGGUUAAACCAGUUUGCCAAGGAGGGGUUAAUACAAAAACACCUCCAUCCUAGGGUUAAACCAGGUUGCCAAGGAGGGGUUAAUACAAAAACACCUCCAUCCUAGGGUUAAACCAAGUUGCCAAGGAGGGGCUAAUACAAAAACACACUCCAUCCUAGGGUUAAACCAGGUUGCCAAGGAGGGGUUAACGCAAACACACCUCCAUUCUAGGGUUAAACCAGGUUGCCAACAGAGCAUAAGGUGUAGCGUCAUAAUUUAUUUCACAUAUUUCAGCCAGAUAAAAGAUAAGACCAUAUUUACUAUACAGAGGAGAUCAAAGGAGCCAAAAGACUGAAGGGGAGAGCUUAGCUCACCACAGGAGCACAAAACACAGCUAAGCAGCUUAUACAGGGCAGGACAGGACAGGACAGGACAGGUACAGUAUCAGGCAUAUCUAUCGCUUUCUGACCUCUGGCUGCUCCUAAGCAGUAUAAGCACCAUAUGUUUUGUUCAGCUGUCAUCAGAACUCACAGUGCCCGCUGUCUAUACCUAAAUAUAAAAUGUUACUGUUGUUUUUUAACAGGCUAGCUGUCCUUUAGGACUUGACACAUCCUCACCAGUGUUGACCUUGUUAACAACCACAUCAGGAGGAUUUUCGUCUGAGCUGCAGUGUGUUUGUUUACACUAGUGUGUUUCUUCAGCCUCUGCUCAUUACCAUAACGAGACAGUGGGUGAUGGGGAUGACCUUUCAUUAGUGGGUCAAGAUGGGGUAAGUGCUACACUGCUAGCAGUACAGAGGAGGGUUAUCAGAAAGUCUAUGAUUCAAUUACAUGUUUUGUUUGUUCAAAAUGAUGUGAUGUGCUGCUACUUAGGAUCAUAUUCAGGUUGACACUGGAGUGAAAAUUCAUUCUUCCCGUCUUGUCCUGUCAAAUUUUUUUCCUAAAUAUCCUGAUCCCGCAACAAUUCUAGAACCCUGGAACUUUCCUGUCCCAUCCCGAUAAAAAUCACUCUCGUCCCGUGCUCAUUUUUACGCACAGAAAUCAGAAAUAACUUUCUCCGGUAAGGAAACAUUUUGGAACAGUUUGUGCAUAUAUUAUGACAUUCUGUGACGUUUUUGUUCAUUUUGGUCUUUGGCAAGUUUUUUUUUGGCUGUUCAUGCACACAAAAAAAUGUCUUGAGGCAAGCCGAAGUUCAGAGCCGAAGUCUACGCCCCUUCGUCGGUCAUUGGUUAACAGUAGGGAUUCUUCAAUGAAGUGUUUGUUGUCACUCAACGGUAGAUGACUCAUUUUCAUGCACAUUUUUUGUAAUACUGCACCAAACAUUUUAGUUAGAUGGAAAAUUGUGUGACUAAGAUCUCCUCGGCAAAAAUGUCAACUCAAGAAAUCUGUCAUUAAUUUUUUCUUAGAUUAAUUCGGACUAUUUUGAGGAAGUGUAUACUGGCUAUGGCAAUUUAAGAUGGACAAACAGUACUAUUGCUGCUUUUUCUCAAAAAAAUAAAGGGAACACUUAAACAACACAAUGUAACUCCAAGUCAAUCACACUUCUGUGAAAUCAAACUGUCCACUUAGGAAGCAACACUGAUUGACAAUACAUUUCACAUGCUGUUGUGCAAAUGGAAUAGACAACAGGUGGAAAUUAUAGGCAAUUUGCAAGACACCCCCAAUAAAGAAGUGGUUCUGCAAGUGGUGACCACAAACCACUUCUCAGUUCCUAUGCUUCCUGGCUGAUGUUUUGGUCACUUUUGAAUGCUGGCGGUGCUUUCACUCUAGUGGUAGCAUGAGACGGAGUCUACAACCCACACAAGUGGCUCAGGUAGUGCAGCUCAUCCAGGAUGGCACAUCAAUGCGAGCUGUGGCAAGAAGGUUUGCUGUGUCUGUCAGCAUAGUGUCCAGAGCAUGGAGGUGCUACCAGGAGACAGGCCAGUACAUCAGGAGACGUGGAGGAGGCCGUAGGAUGGCAACAACCCAGCAGCAGGACUGCUACCUCCGCCUUUGUGCAAGGAGGAGCAGGAGGAGCACUGCCAGAGCCCUGCAAAUUGACCUCCAGCAGGCCACAAAUGUGCAUGUGUCUGCUCAAACGGUCAGAAACAGACUCCAUGAGGGUGGUAUGAGGGCCUGACGUCCACAGGUGGGGGUUGUGCUUACAGCCCAACACCGUGCAGGACGUUUGGCAUUUGCCAGAGAACACCAAGAUUGGCAAAUUCGCCACUGGCGCCCUGUGCUCUUCACAGAUGAAAGCAGGUUCACACUGAGCACAUGUGACAGAGUCUGGAGACACAGUGGAGAACGUUCUGCUGCCUGCAACAUCCUCCAGCAUGACCGGUUUGGCGGUGGGUCAGUCAUGGUGUGGGGUGGCAUUUCUUUGGGGGGCCGCACAGCCCUCCAUGUGCUCGCCAGAGGUAGCCUGACUGCCAUAAGGUACCGAGAUGAGAUCCUCAGACCCCUUGUGAGACCAUAUGCUGGUGCGGUUGGCCCUGGGUUCCUCCUAAUGCAAGACAAUGCUAGACCUCAUGUGGCUGGAGUGUGUCAGCAGUUCCUGCAAGAGGAAGGCAUUAAUGCUAUGGACUGGCCCGCCCGUUCCCCAGACCUGAAUCCAAUUGAGCACAUCUGGGACAUCAUGUCUCGCUCCAUCCACCAACGCCACGUUGCACCACAGACUGUCCAGGAGUUGGCGGAUGCUUUAGUCCAGGUCUGGGAGGAGAUCCCUCAGGAGACCAUCCGCCACCUCAUCAGGAGCAUGCCCAGGCGUUGUAGGGAGGUCAUACAGGCACGUGGAGGCCACACACACACUACUGAGCCUCAUUUUGACUUGUUUUAAGGACAUUACAUCAAAGUUGGAUCAGCCUGUAGUGUGGUUUUCCACUUUAAUUUUGAGGGUGACUCCAAAUCCAGACCUCCAUGGGUUGAUAAAUUUGAUUUCCAUUGAUAAAUUUUGUGUGAUUUUGUUGUCAGCACAUUCAACUAUGUAAAGAAAAAAGUAUUUAAAAAGAUUAUUUCAUUCAUUCAGAUCUAGGAUGUGUUGUUUAAGUGUUUUUUGAGCAGUGUAUAUUAGGCCUACACAGUUUUAUUUGCAUGAAAUGUUCCACACAUUACAUAUUUAUACCUCCCCCUCAAAAAAAGCUUAUAACGAUUCCUGUACUGCCCGUUCCUGUAGACUGUCUAUCCUGUCCUGUCCAGAACUUGACUAUAGAACUUGAAUCUCAUUCCAGCAAGACAUGCGGGAGUCCUGUUCCCGUGUCAACCUCUAGCAGCCGAUACUGAGUGUUAUUAUUCAGAGUUACAGUUGCGUCCAAAUAUAUUGUAGGGCCCUAUAAAAUCCACCUUGCGAAAAUCUAUACGAAAUCAGGCAAAAAAUUAAACAGAUUUUUAUAGGGCUGAUAUAUUGGCACCCUUGCACUUUUCUUAAAUAAUUCCCUAUUUCUUCUCAAAUAAGUUCAAAUUGAAAAAAACAUUUAGUCCCCACACCUUAACCAAUUUUAUUUUUGUUAACUUACGUUUAAACAAUUUGUUUAGAAGAUAAAGACAAAUGGCAUGGACAAAAUUAUUGGCACCCCGGAGCUAGUACUUGGUUGAACAGCCUUUGGCCAAGAUAACUUUAGACAAACUCUUCUUGUAGCCAUCAAUUUUUCCCACUUUUCAGCAGCAAACUGCUCUAAUUCUUCAAUGUUCUUCAAUGAUAUUGGUUGAAAGAAAUGUAUAAUAAGAAAGUGGGAGCGGUUAGAUUUCAGUGCAGCCUUUGACAUUAUUGACCAUAACCUGUUGUUGAGAGAACUUGUGUGUUAUGGCUUUUCAACCUCUGCCAUAUCGUGGAUUCAGAGCUAUCUAUCUAAUAGAACUCAGAGGGUUUUCUUUAAUGGAAGCUUCUCUAAUGUCAAACAUGUAAAGUGUAGUGUAGGCCCUCUACUCUUUUCUAUUUUUUACCAAUGACCUGCCACUGGCAUUAAACAAAGCAUGUGUGUCCAUACAGUGGGGAAAAAAAGUAUUUAGUCAGCCACCAAUUGUGCAAGUUCUCCCACUUAAAAAGAUGAGAGAGGCCUGUAAUUUUCAUCAUAGGUACAGGUCAACUAUGACAGACAAAAUGAGAAAAAAAAAUCCAGAAAAUCACAUUGUAGGAUUUUUUAUGAAUUUAUUGGCAUAUGAUGGUGGAAAAUAAGUAUUUGGUCAAUAACAAAAGUUUCUCAAUACUUUGUUAUAUACCCUUUGUUGGCAAUGACACAGGUCAAACGUUUUCUGUAAGUCUUCACAAGGUUUUCACACACUGUUGCUGGUAUUUUGGCCCAUUCCUCCAUGCAGAUCUCCUCUAGAGCAGUGAUGUUUUGGGGCUGUCGCUGGGCAACACAGACUUUCAACUCCCUCCAAAGAUUUUCUAUGGGGUUGAGAUCUGGAGACUGGCUAGGCCACUCCAGGACCUUGAAAUGCUUCUUACGAAGCCACUCCUUCGUUGCCCGGGGGUGUGUUUGGGAUCAUUGUCAUGCUGAAAGACCCAGCCACGUUUCAUCUUCAAUGCCCUUGCUGAUGGAAGGAGGGUUUCACUCAAAAUCUCACGAUACAUGGCCCCAUUCAUUCUUUCCUUUACACGGAUCAGUCGUCCUGAUCCUUUUGCAGAAAAACAGCCCCAAAGCAUGAUGUUUCCAACCCCAUGCUUCACAGUAGGUAUGGUGUUCUUUGGAUGCAACUCAGCAUUCUUUGUCCUCCAAACAUGACGAGUUGAGUUUUUACCAAAAAGUUAUAUUUUGGUUUCAUCUGACCAUAUGACAUUCUCCCAAUCCUCUUCUGGAUCAUCCAAAUGCACUUCAGACGGGCCUGGACAUGUACUGGCUUAAGCAGGGGGACAUGUCUCGCACUGCAGGAUUUGAGUCCCUGGCGGCGUAGUGUGUUACUGAUGGUUGGCUUUGUUACUUUGGUCCCAGCUCUCUGCAGGUCAUUCACUAGGUCCCCCCGUGUGGUUCUGGGAUUUUUGCUCACCGUUCUUGUGAUCAUUUUGACCCCACGGGGUGAGAUCUUGCGUCGAGCCCCAGAUCGAGGGAGAUUAUCAGUGGUCUUGUAUGUCUUCCAUUUCCUAAUAAUUGCUCCCACAGUUGAUUUCUUCAAACCAAGCUGCUUACCUAUUGCAGAUUCAGUCUUCCCAGCCUGGUGCAGGUCUACAAUUUUGUUUUUGGUGUCCUUUGACAGCUCUUUGGUCUUGGCCAUUGUGAAGUUUGGAGUGUGACUGUUUGAGGUUGUGGACAGGUGUAUUUUAUACUGAUAACAAGUUCAAACAGGUGCCAUUAAUACAGGUAACGAGUGGAGGACAGAGGAGCCUCUGAAAGAAGAAGUUACAGGUCUGUGAGAGCCAGAAAUCUUGCUUGUUUGUAGGUGACCAAAUACUUAUUUUCCACCAUAAUUUGCAAAUAAAUUCAUUAAAAAUCCUACAAUGGGAUUUUCUGGAUUUUUUUCCCUCAAUUUGUCUGUCAUAGUUGACGUGUACCUAUGAUGAAAAUUACAGGCCUCUCUCAUCUUUUUAAGUGGGAGAACUUGCACAAUUGGUGGCUGACUAAAUACUUUUUUUCCCCACUGUAUAUGCUGAUGAUUCAACCAUAUAUGCAUCAGCAACCACAGCUAAUGAUGUCACUGAAACCCUUAACAAAGAGUUGCAGUCUGUUUUGGAAUGGGUGGCCAGUAAUAAACUGGUCCAGAACAUUUCUAAAACUGAGCAUUGUAUUUGGUACAAAUCAUUCCCUAAGUUCUACACCUCAGCUGAAUCUGGUAAUGAAUGGUGUGGCUGUUGAACAAGUUGAGGAGACUAAAUUACUUGUUGUUACCUUAGAUUGUAAACUGUCAUGGUCAAAACAUAUUGAUUAAAUGGUUGUAACGAUGGGGAGAGGUCUGUCCGUAAUAAAGAGAUGCUGUGCUUUUUUGACACCACACUCCAAAAAGCAAGUCCUGCAGGCUCCAGUUAUGUCUUAUCUUGAUUAUUGUCCAGUCGUGUGGUCGAGUGCUGGAAGGAAAGACCUAGUUAAGCUGCAGUUGGCCCAGAACAGAGCGGCACGUCUUGCUCUUCAUUGUAAUCAGAGGGCUAAUAUCAAUACUAUGCAUGCCAGUCUCUCUUGGCUAUGAGUUGAGGAGAAACUGACUGUAUCACUUCUUCUUUUUAUAAGAAAUAUGAAUGUGUUGGGGGGGGGUGGCAUUUGCCGUGUGGUAGCAGAGAGAACAGUCUAUGACUAGGGUGGCUGGAGUCUUUGACGAUUUUUAGGGCCUUCCUCUGACACCGCCUGGUAUAGAGGUCAUGGAUGGCAGGAAGCUUGGCCCCAGUGAUGUACUAGGACGUACGCACUACCCUCUGUAGCGCCUUGAGGUCGGAGGCCGAGCAGUUGCCAUACCAGGCAGUGAUGCAACCAGUCAGGAUGCUCUCGAUGGUGCAGCUGUAUAACUUUUUGAGGAUCUGAGGACCCAUGCCAAAUCUUUUCAGUCUCCUUAGGGGGAAUAGGUUUUGUCGUGCCCUCUUCAUGACUGUCUUGGUGUGCUUGGACCAUGUUAGUUUGUUGGUGUUGUGGACAUCAAGGAAUCUGAAGUCCCAGGGUCCUUAGCUUAGUGAUGAGCAUUGAGGGCACUAUGGUGUUGAACGCUGAGCUGUAGUCAGUGAAUAGCAUUCUCACAUAGGGCCUCCUGUAGCUCAGUUGGUAGAGCAUGGCGCUUGCAACGCCAGGGUUGUGGGUUUGAUUCCCACGGGGGACCAGUAUAAAAAAUGUAUGCACUCACUAACUGUAAGUCGCUCUGGAUAAGAGCGUCUGCUAAAUGACUAAAAUGUAAAUGUGAAAUGUGUUCCUCUUGUCCAGUGUGAAAGGGCAGUGUGGAGUGCAAUAGAGAUUGCAUCUUCUGUGGAUCUGUUGGAGUGGUAUGCAAAUUGGAGUGGGUCUAGGGUUCCUGGGAUAAUGGUGUUGAUGUGAACCAUGACCAGCCUUUCAAAGCACUUCAUGGCAACAGACGUGAGUGCUACGGGUCGGUAGUCAUUUAGGCAGGUUACCUUAGUGUUCUUGGAAACAGGGACUAUGGUGGUCUGCUUGAAACAUGUUGGUAUUACAGACUCAGACAGGGAGAGGUUAAAAAUGUCAGUGAAGACACUUGCCAGUUGGUCAGCGCAUGCUCGAAGUACACGUCCUAGUAAUCUGUCAAUCUGGCCUUGUGAAUGUUGACCUGUUUAAAGGUCUUACUCACAUCGGCUACGGAGAGCGUGAUCACACAGUCGUCCGGAACAGCUGAUGAUCUCAUGCAUGUUUCAGUGUUACUUGCCUCGAAGCGAGAAUAUAAGUAAUUUAGCUCGUCUGGUAGGCUUGUGUCACUGGGCAGCUCGUGGCUGUGCUUACCUUUUGUAGUCUGUAAUAGUUUUCAAGCCCUGCCACAUCCGACGAGCGUCAGAGCCGGUGUAGUAUGAUUCGAUCUUAGUCCUGUAUUGAUGCUUUGCCUGUUUGAUGGUUCGUCGGAGAGCAUAGCGGGAUUUCUUAUAAGCUUCCGGGUUAGAGUCCCACUCCUUGAAAGCGGGAGCUCUACCCUUUAGCUCAGUGCGGUUGUUGCCUGUAAUCCAUGGCUUCUGGUUGGGGUAUGUACGUACGGUCACUGUGGGGGCGACCUCAUCGAUGCACUUAUUGAUGAAUCAGUGACUGAUGUGGUGUACUCCUCAAUGCCAUCGGAAGAAUCCCGGAACAUAUUCCAGUCUGUGCUAGCAAAACAGUCCAGUAGCUUAGCAUCUGCUUCAUCUGACCACUUUUUUAUUGACCGAAUCACUGGUGAUUCCUGCUUUAGUUUUUGCUUGUAAGCAGGAAUCAGGAGGAUAGAAUUAUGGUCAGAUUUGCCAAAUGGAGGGUGAGGGAGAGCUUUGUACGCGUCUCUGUGUGUGGAGUAAAGGUGGUCUAGAAUUUCUUUCCCUCUGGUUGCACAUUUAACAUGCUGGUAGAAAUGAGGUAAAACAGAUUUAAGUUUCCCUGCAUUAAAGUCCCCGGCCACUAGGAGCGCCGCCUCUGGAUGAGCGUUUUCCUGUUUGCUUAUGGCCGUAUACAGUUAAUUGUGUGCGGUCUUAGUGCCAGCAUUGGUUUGUGGUGGUAAAUAGACAGCUACGAAGAAUAUAAAUGAAAACUCUCUUGGUAGAUAGUGUGGUCUACAGCUUAUCAUGAGAUACUCUACCUCAGGCGAGCAAAACCUAGAGACUUCCUUAGAUAUCGUGCACCAGCUGUUGUUUACAAAUAUACACAGACCGCCACCCCUUGUCUUACCAGAGGCUGCUUUUCUAUCCUGCCGAUGCAGUGUAUAACCCACCAGCUGUAUGUUAUUCAUGUCUUCGUUCAGCCACGACUGGGUGAAACAUAAGAUAUGACAGUUUUUGCCUCUGAUACUUGGGGCCUUGAAUGUGUGCAAGACAUCAUGAAAUCAGCUGAUUAUCAAGGUGUGAUGGAGUGCAAUGUUCAACCCAGUGUCCAAAAACUGUCUCUGUCGAAGGUUGUGGGUCUUCCAGCAGGACAACAAUCCCAAACACAUCAAAAGCACCCUGGAAUGGUUCAAGAAGAAACACUGGAUAGUUCUGGAGCGGCCAGCGAAGAGUGCAGAUCUAAAUUACAUUGAAAACCUAUGGCGAGAUCAGAAUAAUAAUAAGAAAUAAUGCCAUUUAGCGGACGCUUUAUCCAAAGCGACUUAGUCAUGCGUGCAUACAUUUUACGUAUGGGUGGUCCCGGGAAUCGAACCCACUACUGUGGCGUUACACGCGCCAUGCUCUACCAACUGAGCUACAAAGCACCAAAACUGCAAUUAGUGGAGUGUAACCCUCAAACAUUGAUGAAUUAGAGCAGUUUGAUGCUGAAAAGUGGGCAACAUUCAAGCUCAUUGGUGGCUCCAAGAAGCAUUUGUUGCCAGUUAUCUUGGCCAAAGGGUAUGCAACCAAGUACUAGCUCCGGGGUGCCAAUACAUUUUUGCAAUGUUGAAAAUCCAAUAACAGUAUGUUAACCCAACGUUUAAAAAUAACAACUUAUUUGAGAAGAAAUAGGAAAUUAUUUAAGAAAUGUGCAAGGGUGCCAAUAUUGUAUGUUCUCUAGCCAUAAUGGGAAAGGGUCACACGUGUGUGUGUGUGUGUGUGUGUGUGUGUGUGUGUGUGUGUGUGUGUGUGUUCGUGCCUCCAGUCACCCAGGCUGGAUAAUGUUGUGUGUGGUACCGUAUAGGGGGAGUGGUUGGCUGGAGGAUAGCCAGGGGAUAGACAGCUGGACCAUCCUCCUACACUGCAACACACACACACACUAUAACUCACACACUCAUAACCCAGACACCCCUUUUAACAACCUCUCUCCUCUUACAAUAACAACAUCCAUUUAAACUGAAGAGCUGUUUUAUUUGUGCAGUUUAUCACCUAACCCUCAUACAAUGACAGAGGGCUGGCUGGCAUAGCCUUCUGUCCCUCUGCGCACACACACACACACACACACACACACACACACACACACACACACACACACACACACACACACACACACACACACACACACAAUGACAGAGGAGUGGCCGGCUGGCAUUACAGCUGCUUGAUGUCCCUCCUAUCCCACUCAUACAUUCUCUUAGGACACUGUCACUGUUUGGUUAGAAAGCAUUGAUUUAGAGGCUAAUCUGUGAUUUGAUGGAAUUUCCCCUGACCCCUGUCAAUAUUAUCACUGGAGAUAUGUUCAGGUUAGGCUGUGCUAUGUUGUGUUUGUGGGAGGUCCAACUAGUUACUGUCUACAUCCUCCUUUUGUUUUAGUGCAGUUGACAGUGAGAAGUGAAACUGUCUUGGAGAGGAAAUUAACUGCCUGGUGGGGAGUCAGUCGCUGAGCAGAGGGGGGUCUGAAACAAUCCUUCUUAAACAAUCCUGCUCACUCCAGGUGGAGAGGGGGGGGGGGGGGGGGGGGGGGAAGGGGGGGGGGGGGGUGAGGGAGGUGUGCUGUAGGAAGCGGCGACUGGUCUGGCCUGACGUCCGGCUGAUUGUGGCCUGCCAUGAUUAGAGAAGGUGUUUCCUGUAGUGGAGUUAGCUGGUCCUGCAGGCCUCUUCUGGACCAUUGUCUGGAGGGAGGGUGAGGGAGGGGGGGUAUAAUUAGGACCACUCAUGUCUGGGGAAGUGUCUGGUUUGGUCUGGGAGAGACUGAGACUGGUGAAAGGGGACGGAAACGGGGUCGAUGAGGAGGAGUGGGGUUGGAGGGAGUCGGAGAGGGGGAUGAGGGAGGGGUAUAGAGAGAGAGGAAGGGGGAGGAGAGGAGGGAUAUUAAGGGAUCUGGGUUAGCUGUUGACACCCUGCUGUCCUGGGCCUCAUGCAUCUGCUGUCUGUCUGUAUGAUGAUGACAUUAUUACAGCAGCAUCCUGUAUAGUGCACUAGCACUCUCAGACAGUAUCCUAAUGACCCUUCUCUGAGGAGUCAAAAGAGGAAUCAGUGGAGCGAGCAGAAAAUCAUUAUACUGUAAAGAAAUGACCUCCAUUCUCCCUCUAGUGUUGUCUCUAAGGAAAUGAAAGUAACAGCCUUCUGAGAGAUAAGGAAGUGUAGUCAUUGAUUUUAAUUAAAUGCCUCAUUAUUUAAAGUGUGUUUACACUAAUAACAUCCUCUCUCUCUCUCGCUCUCUCUCUCUCUCAUUUUCUCUCUUUCUCUCUCCUCUCUCUCUUUCUCUAGCUGAGAAGGUGUCAUCUCUGGGGAAGGACUGGCAUAAGUUCUGUCUGAAGUGUGGCCGCUGUAACAAAACCCUGAAUGCAGGGGGACAUGCUGAGGUGAGUGAUAAUCAAUGAUGUCAAUAUCUAUGGGUCUGUAGGCUCACACGCAUAGGACCAGUCCUUAUAGGUCCACGGGGUAUAACCGAAUCGGAAAACCCAAUGCAGGCCUCAGUUUUAUAUUGACUAAUUAACACACACACUCACGCUCACACACAUUACAUCCAGAUGGAUCAGCAGCUCUCAAAACGACACUGAAACAUUAUCAUCACCGUUCUAUAGGCCUAGAGCUUAGCCUACAGCUGUACACUGUAGAUGUGCUGCCUGUGUCCUUGCUGAAGGUUAGCUGUAACUUUAUGAUCUAGCCAGCAGCCCAUAGAAAUACCAGUACAAUAUAUUAUAAAACUGUUCUAUUUAAGUCAGUGAGUCAGCCAUUCUAUUUUCUAUUUCCACCAUGUCUGUGUUUUAUAAUGAAUACAGUAUAUCCCCUCCAGUCCUCUCUCAUAUCUCCUCCACACACUCUUACAUCAGUAUGAAUCAGCACUGGUCCCUGUGCCUGGAUCAGAACAGGAAGGAAGGAGAGGUGGACAUUUUGCAGGCUUUAUCAUGACCUAGCAGUCAGCCAUUCUAUUUCCACCUUGUCUGUACAUGAAGACUGAAUAUCCCCCCAUGUCCUUCCUGAUAUCGGUUACAUCAGUGUGAAACAGCCCUGUCCCUAGAUCUGGAUCAGAACAAAACAGGAAGGAAAGAAGGAUGUGAAUUCUGCAGCUUUUUUAUGACACAAAAGCUAUUUCCCCCCAGACCAGACCCUAGCCAGUCAUCAGUAGAUACUAGAUGCAGUCCUAGCCUGGGUUGUUUAAUCUCUCUAUUAUGAUUACAUCAUAUAAAUGUUGUUUCUCCAUGUCCUCUCCACAAUUUCUCUCCAGACCCCAGUAGUAGAUAAGCCUGGCCCCAGAUCUAGUUGUACUGUAUACUGUAAACAGAUCUGGGACCAGGCUAUAACCAACUCCCAAUACAGCACAAACAGAUCUGGGACCAGGCUUUAACUAACUCCAAUAUAGCACAAACAGGUCUGGGACCAGGCUUUAACUAACUCCAAUAUAGCACAAACAGGUCUGGGGCCAGGCUACUAGUAGAUGUUGGCAGUACUGGCCUGGGUUGUUGUUGUCCACCCUCCUCUCCAUGGACACACAGCAGAUCACACAUACACACAAUUACAUGUACGCUAGUCCGUCCUCUCCAUUGACAGCACAUCCCAAAUCCGACCAGCGGCCUUAGGCUAGGCUACAUUGCCAUGGUGAGAGCCUGGCCGUGGUCAGAAAAGUCUGUACCCCAUCAUCAUGGAAACUGAAGGGAUGGUUCAGAGGGGGGGGGGGGGGGGGGUUAGUAGUGUACUUUAAGACAAGACAAGGAAUGUAGUCCGUGUGAUAUAUGCUGUGAGGUGAUCCCAUGCCCAGUACAGCAGAGGUCAGGGUCUCUAUAAGCAGGAGGACAGGGGGGAUAGCGAGGGGGGAGAUGGCACCUCUGCCCCCUGGGGCUCCAUGGAUGGCAGAUGGCAGAGCCUUAAGGCGUCCGAAUACUUCCCAUCCUAAACAGUUUGGAACAGUUUGUGCAUUCAUUAUGACGACAUUUUGUAACGUUUUUGUUCGUUUUGGUCUUCGGCAAGGUUUUUUCAGCUGUUUAUUACAUUUACAUUUUCGUCAAUUGGCAGACGCUCUUAUCCAGAGCGACUUACAAAUUGAACAUUUCUGCUGUAGAGACUGACGUCAUGUUUAUGGCGACAGCAAGGAGAGUGAUCAGGGACUUGUAGAUACAACAGUUCACUGUCCUAUUCUAUCCAUUCUACCCAUUUACUGUCCAUAAUGUCUAUACAUCCCAUUAUAUAUAUAUAUAUAUAUAUAUACAGUUGAAGUCGGAAGUUUACAUACACUUAGGUUGGAGUCAUUAAAACUCAUUUUUCAACCACGCCACACAUUUCUUGUUUACAAACUAUAGUUUUGGCAAGUUGGUUAGGACAUCUACUUUGUGCAUGACAAGUAAUUUUUCCAACAAUUGUUUACAGACAGAUUAUUUCACUGUAUCACAAUUCCAGUGGGUCAGAAGUUUACGUACACUAAGUUGACUGUGCCUUUAAACAGCUUGGAAAAUUAAAGAAAAUGAUGUCAUGGCUUUAGAAGCUUCUGAUAGGCUAAUUGACAUCAUUUAGGUCAAUUGGAGGUAUACCUGUGGAUGUUUUCAAGGCCUACCUUCAAACUCAGUGCCUCUUUGCAUACUGUUUACAUUAGUUAUCUUGUUGUGGUUAUUAGUCCCAUCCUUCAACUCCAUUCAACACCUCCCAUCUAUCUAUUAGCACCAUUCAUAUUGGAUUUCUAUUUGCCAUAUAUUUUUCAACUGUACUGUAAUGUUUUACAAAAGUUCUGAACCCUUCUAUUCUCAUUGUUUCUACAGAUUGUAAAUUGAAAAUAAACAAUUUUGCUAAAAGUAUUAUUAUAUUAUUGAUCGAUUGACUAUGACUUUUCAGAUCACCCAGUAAUGCUAUCUGCAGGGUUAGCUCCAGGUAAAUAUUGCAAUCCUUUAGCCAUUCCUGGACCUGUGUCCAAAAACAAGCUACAAAUGGACAGUACCAAAACAAAUGAUCUAGUGAUUCUGUCUCUUCGCAGCAAAAUCUGCAGAGCUGGGAAGAUUGUAUCUCCCAUAUAAAUAACAUUCUAUUGGUAGCAAGAAUUUUGUAUAAUAAUUUAAAUUGAAAAAUUCUAAGUUUUGAAUCCGGCGUCGUUUUAUGUAUCAGUUCAUAAACACUAUGCCAUGGGGUCGGUACGUCAAAUAUCUCUUCUCAACUAUUUUGCAAUCUAUAUGGGACGGCUGUCAAUCUUUUGGUCCUUAAAUGAAACUGGUAUACUUUUUUAUUUAUCACAAUUUUCUUUAACCAAUUAUGUUCUUUAAUGCAGAGCCGACAGACAAGUUCCUUACUUUUUCCCCCUUCCACUUUUCAUUUUUGCGGUAAUGCUGCAAUUAUUUGGUUGUAAUUUUGGGUAGAGCAAACAUUUCCAUAUGUUUUUGUUAGCUGCAUGUGCGACAUAACUCCACCAGUCCUACCUAUGAAAUCAUUUACGAAGAUUAUACCUUUUUUAAACAUUCUUUCAAAAAAGUAUGUUUUUUUUAUCAAUUAGUAUAUUUGAGUUUAACCACAAUAUUUGUUGCAUUAUUUGUUCUGUCGUUUCUGGAGGAUUAAAUUGAAAAUUGCAACCAACUUUCUAUGGCUUGUUUUAGAAAUAGUGAUAUUUGGGAGAUUAUUUCCUUUUCAAAUAACUGAAAGUGAGAGGUUGUAAUCUGAAUAAAGGGAAAAAGGCCAUUCUUGAACAUUGGGUGAGACAAUCUUACUAAUUUGCUAGAGAACCAGUUCGGAUUUAAGUAUAACUUUUGUAUGACUGAAGCUUUUAGUGAUAGGUCUAAUGCUUUAAUAUUUAAUAACUUCUGUCCUCCGAAUUCAUAUUCAUUAGACCAAACAUCUUAGUUAGAUGUAAAAUUGUUUGGCUAGCCGCCAGCCAACCGAAGCAUGCGGAAGCCUUUAGCAAGCCUCCAUAGUACACAUUAUGCACACAAACACAGGCCAAGCUUUCAUCCUGGCUCUAUCCAAGGAGGAGGUCAUAACUCUGUUACUACACACAAAGAACACUCCAAGAUCAUGUCUGUACUAAUCCCCCUCACCAUGGGGCCUGAUACAGGUAUACAGUUGAUAAUGGGCCUGCGUCUUACCACGCAAAGGCCAAGGGAGCAGGAUGAGCGGUGGUGGUGUGUGUGUGUCUCACGAGCAAGGGGGCUUUAUGAGAUCGGAUUCGGGGGUCGGGGAAAGACUAGGGCUGUGACGGUCAUGGAUUUUGGAUGACGGUAAUUGGCCAGCCAAAUGAUCGCGGUCACCGUAAUAACCGCUCCGAUAGCCCCCCAAAAAAGAAGCACAUUUUCCUCCACUCCAGACUGCAUGUGCUGCCAUAGAAAUAGAAUGAAUAGAACGGGUGUCCCCAUUCAAGUCAACGAUGGCAUAAUGGGUGGAGUGGCGGCCAUUGAGAGUGUACUAAUAGGAGCAAAGCAGGAAGUGUACCCAUCAACAUGUGCUGUGGUUUGUUCAUUCAACUCAACUGACAUUACAAAAAAUACAUUACAUUGCAUGAGCCACAUCAGUUAACAAUAUCUGAAUAAACAAUCUACAUUACCAUGGAAAUUAUUGCAUCAGGCAGCCAUUGCAAGUGUACCCAUGAGUUUACCAGUCAAAUUGCCAAGGUUAGAGGUUCCAAGCCUGUUCUAUUCAUUAUAUUUCUAUGUGUGCUGCUGCAGGGAGGGGGGUGUUACCUAGGCAACUGAAGACUAAUAAUAAUAAUAGAUUGAACUUACAUGGAAUUUAUCUAUACACCCAAAGCUCUUUACAGUGUAAGGGGAAACUCACCACCCUAACCCCACUUACAUACUCUUUAUUUGUAUUUAUUUUAUUGGCGCUCUUCGGAGGACAAAAGUAACUUUGUUUUACUUUUUCUACAGAUUUUGUUACAUGUACAUGAUUCAUACACUUCACAUACAUGGUACUUUUAUACACAGUAUUACAUGAUAGGAAUACAGUUUGAUAUACACAUGCAGUGAAAACCGGACAAAUAUAAGCAACACCCCCCCAUGGGAUCUUUAGUGACCACAGAGUUGGGACACCCGUGUAAAGUCCCAUCUUCUUCACUUUUAUUGAGGAACAUUCCAUUGUUAGUACUUCAACAUUAUUAAAAUGAAAUUAAUGUUGUAAAAGUGUAUUGCAGUGGUCACCAACCCGUCGAUUUCCAAGGCAUUCCUAGUUGAUUACCAAAAAAAAAAAAAAGAUAAAGCCUUGCGUUCCUAUUUUUAUUUAUUCAGCAGCCCUAGCACCGACAAGGCAGUGUUCCCAUUUUGAACCAUUUCAUGUGUCUGAAGGCAGAACUCCGCCUGCCCGGCAGGCCCAGAGAGCAAAACAGGUGCACCUAUAGGCCUACCGCUGGCCAAUCAGAUAGCUCAGAUCACCGUGUCUGCACAGUUUCCUCACGCCAUAGACUGUAAAAAAUAAGCCUUGAACGCACAGCAAAGUUGAUAAUGUGAGAUUUCAAAACCAUGACUAAAGAGACUCAACGAAUUCAGCAAAGAGCUGCUGUUUUUGUGAGCAAGUUCAUGUUUAAGUAGUUAUUCAGCACUGUCAAUACUUUGUUCAACACUUUUAUAAGCCAUACAUUGUGUGUUCUCCCUACUUCCACUCACGCUACAACCACCACUGCAGUUGCAAUGAAUUAGUAUCGUUUUGAUAAGUUUGCGCUGUUAUUAUAAGCGGCUUGUCUUUUUUCAUAUCAAGGAAUAUUUCACUUUCUCUGGUCAUAGAAGUAACAACAUGAAUUGGUGCAUGAGGCAGAAAUGGAUGUGGGAAGUAGGAAAACUGGAAAUGAGAUUGUAUCCUCGAUUUGUGUCUGGGAAGUGAGUAGGCUAGGCUCUGGGCUCUGGACUGAGAUAGUUAAUCCAUCUUUAGGGUACUCCUGGUCCUACUGCUGUGAAAUAUAACCACACACACUGGGCUGGGUAAUCCAUCUUUCAGGUCCUACUGGUCCUGCUGUAGUGAAAUACAACCAGAGCUGUGAGGGGACCAGAGCAGUCUAGUGGACACAAUGAAGCCCUGUGUGCUGGCCCUUCCCUCCUGACAAACCCAUCAGUGCCUAGUAGUCAGAGAGAGCCUAAUAUUACCAGAACCUUUACUGUAUAGGCCCCAUAGUACCAUAGAUGUUACAACCCCUACGGAUCUGUCUGUCUGUUUCUUAGCUCCUGUUACAGCGCUACAUUUACUUCCUGUCAUGGAUAAUACAUUAUAAAUAGUUGAGAAGAGUUGCUCUGUGGGUUUCUGAGGGGAAUAAAAUGCCACGUGUGUGUGUGGAGGGAUUGUGUGGGUAAAGCAGUUUGUUCCCACAGUCGGCAUUGGCACGUGGCCCUGUGCUGUGGCGAUGGUACCAUGGCCUCCUUCAUCCCCCCCUGCCUGUAUCUCAAUUCAUCCUCUCUCCUCCCCACUGUAUUGGAGGAGAAUGUCCAAGGUCCCUCCCCUUGGACCUUUUUCUCCAAUCCAUUUUGUCAAGGCGGCAAGGAGAGAAAUCGAGGAAUGGAGGAAAGAUGAAUUAGGAAAGAGCUCUGGAUUGGAUGUCUUCUCUCUGGCCUACAUUUACAUUUACGUCAUUUAGCAGACGCUCUUAUCCAGAGCGACUUACAGUUAAGUGAGUUUAUACAUUUUCAUACAGGCCCCCUGUGGGAAUCGAACCCACAACCCUGGCGUUGCAAACGCCAUGCUCUACCAACUGAGCUACAUCCCAGCCGGCCAUUCCCUCCCCCCUACCCUGGACGACGCUGGCUAAUUGUGCGCCGCCCCAUGGGUCUCCCGGUCGCGGCCGGCUACGACAGAGUCUGGAUUCGAACCAGGAUCUCUAGUGGCACAGCUAGCACUGAUGCAGUGCCUUACACCACUGCGCCACUCGCCUAGACCCUGAUCCGCCUGGCUGACUUAGGCUACAUGACCACUGUUACUAUUUUGAAGAAGAUUCAACUUACUUGGACGUCUCCUCUUCUCUACGACAGUCUGUUAUCUGACCCAGGCCCUGAUCCCUCUGCUGCCUGUCUGCCUGUCCAUGCUGUUACAUGACCACCAUCAUCCCAGCAUGCAUUAGGAGGGACAUAGGGUCCUGACAGACCCAUCUCUAAGCAUUAGACUGACCUCGGUCAUCCUACAAGGCCCAUACACGCUCACAACUCUCCUGAAUAGGGUUGCAAAAAUCUGGUAGAGAUCCGGUUGGAUCUCCUGGAAUCAUGAGGGAAUAAACAGGGAAUCCGGAAUCCUCCAACCAGGAUUUCUGGAAAACCUGGGAAUUUGGGGAAAGUUACCAGCAUUUUGCAACCCUAAUACUGGGUCAUGUUCAGUAAAUUUCGAAAUGAUUUCCACCUACUGAAAAGGACCCUGAUGUGAGGUGUUUGAUUAAUCAACAGUACUGGUCUCCUGUUUUCAACCACAACUGAUACCUGGGCUGGAGCAUUGUGACACAACUGACAGGGUCCUAUGGAAAAUAGAGAUCAAGCCAGACUCACUUUAUAUCUCCCUUUCUCUUUCUCAGGAGGCUGUGGUGUUUUUUUCUCUCUCUCCUACACACACGCGUACACAAUCCAAUAACCUUUUUUUCACAAAGAUGCAUGAGUCUGGCUAGAAGACGGAAAUUGCCAAGCUAUGGUUGUCAGUCUUGUGAGCUUUGGGCUUAUACAUGUUAUUUACUCAAUGUCAGUCAUUCUUCUUCUCUUUAUUCCCUGUCUACAGCACGAUGGGAAGCCCUUCUGCCACAAACCAUGCUAUGCUGCCCUCUUUGGACCAAAAGGUGAAGUACAUCUUACUAUUGUCAUUAGGCAUACAUUAGAUCAUGGGGGCAAUUCCAUGGUAACAGAAUGAUGUCUCAGAUUUUUCACUUUAAAAUGAAUGCCAAACAAAAACCAAUGAUUGCAACGUUAAACAAACCAUACAACUCUAUGCACAAGGACAACGUUUAACAUUUUCCACUGAAAACUUUACAAAAACACAUAUACUUGAAGAAAAGUGCAGAUGCAAAGUUUGGUAACAGAAUGACGGCACAAACUUUGCAUCUGCACUGUUCUUCAAGGGAAUGUGUUUUUGUAAAAUUUUCAGUGGAAGUUGUUAAAAGUAGUGAAUAGAGUUAUGGUUAGGGGUAUUGAAAUCCUACCCUACAAGGUCCGGAGCCUGCUGGUUUUCUGUUUGUUUAUUUAUAUAUAGAGAGAGAUAUAGAGAACCAGUCAGAAGUUUGGACACACCUACUCAUUCAAGGGUUCUCUUUGUUUUUACUAUUUUCUACAUUGUAUAAUAAUAGUGAAGACAUCAAAACUAUGAAAUAACACAUAUGGAAUCAUGUAGUAACCAAAAGUGUUAAACAAAUCUAAAUAUAUUUUAUAUUUGAGAUUCUUCAAAGUAACCACCCUUUGCCUUGAUGACAGCUUUGCACGUUCUUGGCAUUCUCUCAACCAGCUUCAUGAGGUAGUCACCUGGAAUGCAUUUCAAUUAACAGGUGUGCCUUCUUAAAAGUUAAUUUGUGGAAUGUCUUUCCUUUUUAAUGCGUUUGAGCCAAUCAGUUGUGUUGUGACAAGGUAGGGGGGUAUACAGAACAUAGCCCUAUUUGGUAAAAGACAGCUCAAAUUAGCAAAGAGAAACAGUCCAUCAUUACUUUAAGACAUGGUCAGUCUAUAUGGAACAUUUCAAGAACUUUGAAAGUUUCUUCAAGUGCAGUCGCAAAAACCAUCAAGGGCUAUGAUGAAACUGGCUCUCAUGAGGACCGCCACAGGAAUGGAAGACCCAGAGUUACCUCUGCUGCAGAGGAUAAGUUCAUUAGUUACCAGCCUCAGAAAUUGCAGCCCAAAUAAAUGCUUCACAGAGUUCAAGUAACAGACACCUAAACAUCAACUGUUCAGAGGAGACUUCGUAUAUCAGGCCUUCAUGGUCAAAUUGCUGCAAAGAAACCACUACUAAAGGACACCAAUAAGAAGAAGAGACUUGCUUGGGCCAAGAAACACGAGCAAUGGACAUUAGACCGGUGGAAAAUUGUCCUUUGGUCUGGAGAUUUUUAGUUCCAACCGCUGUGUCUUUGUGAGACGCAGUGUGGGUGAACGAAUGAUCUCCGCAUGUGUAGUUCCCGCCGUAAAGCAUGGAGGAGGUAUUAUGGUGUGGGGGUGCUUUGUGGGUGACACUGAUUUAUUCAGAAUUCAAGGCACACUUAACCAGCAUGGCUACCACAGCAUUCUGCAGUGAUACACCAUCCCAUCUGGUUUGGGCUUAGUGGGACUAUCAUUUGUUUUUCAACAGGAUAAUGACCCAACACACCUCCAGGCUGUGUAAGGGCUAUUUUACCAAGGAGGAGAGUGAUGGAGUGCUGCAUCAGAUGACCUGGCCUCCACAAUUCCCCGACCUCAACCCAAUUGAGAUUGUUUGGGAUGAGUCGGAUGGCAGAGUGAAGGAAAAUCAGCCAACAAGUGCUCAGCAUAUGUGGGAACUCCUUCAAGACUGUUGGAAAAGCAUUCUAGGUGAAGCUGGUUGAUAGAAUGCCAAGAGUGUGCAAAGCUGUCAUCAAGGCAAAGGGUGGUUAUUUGAAGAAUCUCAAAUAUAUUUUGAUUUGUUUAACACUUUUGGUUACUAUAUGAUUCCAUAUGUGUUAUUUUAUAGUUUGUCUUCUAUUAUUCUACAAUGUAGAAAAUAGUCAAAAUAAAGAAAAGCCCUUGAAUGAGCAGGUGUGUCCAAACGUGACUUGUACUGUAUAUAUAGUUCUGGUCUGAAUCUAAACUCUAACCUCUCUCUGCCCUAUGUAGGUGUGAACAUUGGCGGAGCAGGGUCCUAUGUGUACGAAGCCCCCGUCAGCAAUAACCUAGCCCCUACUGACGUGAACGCCCCCCCUAAGCCUGCUGAGGAGAAGAAAGUGUUUGCUCCCAGGGCACCUGUCAAAGGUACAUGCUAUUGUGUGUGCACGGUCUUUCGCGCAUGCAUGUGUACAUGUUGAAUGUGUCCACAUAUAUUACGUGAUGACAUGGGAAAAGUUGUGAAAUAGUGAACGUAGCUGCCAAAGGAUCUGAGUUUGAUAGAAAGGAGUAGCAGACCCACAUGGUCUUCCUGCUGACUCAGUGAUAAGAGACCUACUGUUACGAACCCCGUGGCGUUUGAAAGUCUAGGGUCGAUGGUAAAGAGACCCGUAACAUAAAUCAUGCGAAUUAGAAUAGUGGAAAGGAACAGUGAGAACAAAAUACACAGACAAACGUUGUGUUUGACAGUAGGAUUGGUUAUUUUAAACUCACGGUAAACGGUUUGGGGAAAGGGUCUGAGCUGGAUCCAAGGAAUGAAAUACAUUCAAAAAACCCUAAACUGAUCCUGCCUGCCUCAAGAACCACUUAGCUUACUACUAACUAUACAAAAAUACAGUGGGUGGUCCGCUCAGGUCUAACUAGUGUUUUUAGAGAACGUUUUCCUACAGGUAGUGUAUGCCCAAGGGCGACUUCCUAAAAAUCCCCUUUUCCUAGGCACAAACAUAGGUAAAAUAGGGACUAAACAGCAAACAAGACACCCCAGUAAUACAUACUCACAUGGAACAGGACAAAGUGAGAUGUAUGGGCUAUGACUAUGUGGUGUAUGAAGGAACAAAGGUAGUCUGUCUAUCAAAAAGGUCUGUGACAAGAAGUUUGUGUAGCCUAAUGUGUAAGAAAGCAAAAAAAACAGUCUCCAAUGAGAAACACAACUGACUGGGUUUUUAAACCAGGGGAUGUGUGAUGUGAUUGGGUAAUGAAAACCCUGAUUGGCCACUGAUUGGUCCACCUCAGCAAUCAGCAGAUGAACUGAUGACUGACAGGUGGGACACACCAACGACCUCCAAAUCAGGAACACAAGGGACACCUGUGAUUAGGGCAGAAGGAGAGGAAAAACACAUACAGGAUGCCUGUAUCCGUAACGCUUCCACCCUUAAAAGAGCAAACAUACAAUGGUUUGCGAUUCAAGUACUAUAAAGAAUACAAAACAAAGUCAAAGAGCAAUGGCAUCCUCACGGGAUAGAAAAUUAAUCAUACGUCUCUAAACACGAGACAAAGCAUCUGCCAUCACAUUAGCCAAACCCUUUGUGGCGGAUCUCCAAAUUUAAAUUUUGCACAAUAAGUGCCCAAUGCAUAAGUCGUUGGUUCUGGUUGUACAUACGGUGGAGAAAAACUAAAGGGUUAUGGUCAGUAUACACUAUCACUGGUAGUGCACUGGAACCAACAGACUUCCCACGGGGGGCCAGUAUGAACAAUUUAUGCACUCACUAAUUGUAAGUCGCUCUGGAUAAGAGCGUCUGCUGAAUGACUAAAAUAAAAAAAUGUUGAAGUACUGCAGAGUUAACAACAAAGCUAGAGCUUCUUGUUCAAUGGUUGAAUAGUUAAGUAUGGAUCACGUAAUCAGUUUCACUUAGUUUCUUUUCGAUUACAUAAGGACCAGAGAAACAUGCCGACAGUGACGCUCCUGGUACAGGCAACAAUACAAGAAAUUGGUCACCCGGCUGCAGCGAACAAAAAACAGCCGCUUUGUCAUAGUGCCGUUUCAUACGUCUCUGUGAGGAAGACAGCGCUUCCUUUGCCAGAGCACAGGCACAAUGUAGGCGCUCACGAAAGCGACUAACGUAGUCCAACACAUGGUCUUUCGCACACAACUCUUGCGAUAAAAACUGACCCUUAAGGACUUUAAGUCCUCUCACCAGUUCAGCUGGGCUGAACCCUAGGGAUUCCUGUACCGUCUCACUGACAGCAAACAAAACUAGAGGAACUCCCUCAUCCCAAUCAUGCGCAGAUUCCAAACAAUAUUUACGAAGCUUAGACUUCAGUGUCUGAUGCCAACGUUCAAGCGCACCCUGAGUCGCUGGGUGAUAUGCGCUUGACACACGGUGCGUAAUUGACAAGGAUUUUAACACCUGUUUGAAAAGCUUAGAAAGGAAAUUCGUACCGUGAUCAGUUUGUACCACCUUAGGUAACCCAAAAGUUAAGAAUUUAAUCAAGGCUUUACUCACCACCGGAGCAGUAAUCCUACGCAGAGGAAUGGCCUCUGGGUAUCUGGUGGCCAUACACAUAACCGUCAACAGAAACUGGUUACCAGAUUCUGUCUUCGGUAAUGGUCCAACACAAUUAACCAUCACAUGUUGGAAUGGUUCACCUAUGACAGGUAUGGGACAAAGAGGAGUGGGAGGAAUAACCUGGUUCGGUUUCCCAGUUACUUGACAGGUGUCCGACAGAACUGAGACACAUCUUGUUUUAAACCGGGCCAAAAGAAAUGGCGCAGAACCCGAUCAUAAGUCUUGGUGACUCCCAGAUGUCCGGACCACUGGUGAUAAUGAGCGAGGGAUAACACAUUUUGUCAAAAGGCUGUAGGAAUCACUAUUUGGUAAACAGCAUUCCAAUCUCCGUAAGAUACAACAUGGGAUGUCCAUUUACACUUAAGGAGAUUACCAUCAAUGAAGUACGCCAUGUUUUUCUUCUUUAGCGCCUCUACUGAGACAACACUAGAGAAACAUUUAGCCAGGCUAAUGUCAACCUUCUGGUUAUCAUUCAGCUGCUCACGAGUGACUGGUAACUGUAUUGCGUCAGCAACAAGUUCCACAUACUUCUUCCCUUCCCUGGGCUGUUGGUCAGACCGCACCAGCUUACCAGAUGUAGCACACAAGCUAUCCGCUGGGUCACACGCUGAACAGAAUAGUGUUCGACAAAUAGAUCACGUCACCCAUUUGUCGUGCUUGAGCACAUGUGACAGCACAAGCGGGGAACACGUGGAUAACUCUGUGCCAGCUCCUCGGAGAGAGACUGGUCACUUAUCUAAUACAGGUAUUACCUUUCCUCCGGCAAUAUCGUUGCCCAUUAUAAAUGUCACACCUUUUUCUGGCAACAUAGGACCUACGCCAACUCUGAACAAUCCACUGACUAACUCAGAGUGUACGUUCACAAAGUGCAAUGGCACGAAUCCCAUUUCAAUUCCCUGGACUAACACACCGGAAUCACAAUAUGUAUUAAUCGGACAAGGGCAACGCAUCAGAUAGUAUGAACGACUGCGCCGCACCAGUAUCUAAGGAUUCUAACCGGACGACCAAUCCUACCGUCAAACACAAAAUGUUUAUUUUAAACUCACGGUAAACGGAAAGGAGCUGGACCCAAGGACUACUACGGAACAAAGGUAGUCUGUUUAUCAAAACGGUUUCAGUCUGUGUAGCCUAAUGUGUAAGCAAGCACACAACAACAACAAAAACCUGUCUAACUGGGUUUUUAAAACAGGGGAGGUGUGCUGUGAUUGGCUAAUGAAAAGCACAAACAGGUGGUGUAAUCAGGAGGAGUGUCCACUGAUUGGUCCACCUCAGCAAUCAGCAGAUGAACUGAUGACUGACAGGUGGGACACACCAACGACCUCCAAUCAGGAACACAAGGGACACCUGUGAUUAGGGCAGAAGGAGAGGAAAAACACAAAUACACACACAGGAUACCUGUAUCCGUAACACCUACUAUACAAGCCAGGCUCACACCAGGGAUGGUCACAGGGGACUUUCUCAAGCUGUUCACACUGCGUUUUCCCACAGUUGCAGGCCAGAGGCCAUACUACUGUGUUUGGUGUGUGUGUGUGUGUGUGUGUGUGUGUGUGUGUGUGUGUGUGUGUGUGUGUGUGUGUGUGUGUGUGUGUGUGUGUGUGUGUGUGUGUGUGUGUUAUCUGCUGGUGAACUCUCUUUCUGACUCUUCUGUUUCUUUACAGCUUCCAGCAUCACCACCUUCUCUGGUGAGGCCAACCUGUGUCCCAGGUGCAACAAGAAGGUCUACUUUGGUAAGUAGCCAUCGCACACUACCAGGCUCAGAAUUAACUUUGAAGUUAGGUGUUAGAUUAGAACCUGACCUGUCGUGCAGUUGCCAUGGUGAUGUGUGCUCCAUUUUAACAUUUCCGAGGCACCUGCUGCUGAGGUCAUUCAUUUAUAAUUUACUCUACUGUGUGUGACAGCUGAGAAGGUGACGUCCCUGGGGAAGGACUGGCAUCGGCCCUGUCUCCGCUGUGAGAGGUGCAGCAAGACCCUGGCCGCCGGCAGCCACGCAGAGGUAGGAGAGAUGAGGGGAGGGAGAAAGAAGGGAUGAGGAGUGGAGGGGAAAGAGGCAGGACAUUUAAACAGGAAGAGUCCAGCUGCAAAAACACAAUCAAUGUUCAAGGGAAUCCGUCUGAGCAAGGCACAACACAGAAUCACUGAUCUACAAAUCAUCUUGCAUCCUAAAUAACUACUCAUUAUGUUAUCAAGAUUAGGGAAUCUACACAGCACCUUGCUCAAGCCGGUCUUCUUGAAUGCACCUGAAUGGCAUAAAUGCAUAAUAAUUAGGAUGUUCUCAAUGAAUACAUGGUAUGGUUACACAUUUUCAUACAGUGUCUUUUGUGUUAUAACAGCAUAAUGGCCAGCCAUACUGCCACAAGCCAUGCUAUGCUUGUCUCUUUGGACCCAAAGGUAGGUGCUUGGUGCUUGACUUCUUUACUCAACCACUAGGUGGUGCUGUUGCCCAACAUAGGUAUUAGCUAUACCUUAACAAUAGCCUGUGCUGUGAGUUAUAGCUGUUAAAAGAAACUACUCAUAUUGCUCUUCCUACAUAAAAGUGAUGCAAAACCACCAACAGAAAAUAAGUCAUUAGUUCUACUGUAACACAUUUUCAGCAUUUGAUACUGACUUAGAUGUCUGUUUGUCUGUGGUGUUCUUGUGUCUCCAGGAGUGAACACUGGUGGUGUGGGCAGCUACAUCUAUGAGAAGGAGGUCAGCACAGAGGCCCAGCCCUGA